UAAUCGUAGUGCGUUCCUGUUGUGUGAUAGUGCAGUGUGACAUUACGUUGUUUGUAACAAAGUUUUAUCUAUAUUUGUACCGUACUUUGUGCGUCUUUGUAGCCGAGAGCAUCGCUGUGUCGAGUGCCUGACUCUGGAGUCAACAAUCUUACGAAAGCUGAGCAAAUAAGUGAUAGUGAAUGUUAUGGCGCCGACUGUAUCAGUGACUUUCUGCUAAUUUGAAGAUGACUUUCAACGCACAGUGAUACGGAUUGUGAUUAAUAAAAUUUUAGUAACAAAAUGACGAAUAUGGGGAACAAAGUGCCGCCUGACGGAGGCUACGGAUGGGUCGUGGCCUUCGCUUAUGCCUUGAACAAUAUUGUCGUGCUGCCCCUCAUUGCCGGCUUCGGCCUGGUUUUCCAAGAGGCAUUUGCCGAGACAGGCAUGUCUGCCACGCAGGGCACCCUCGUCAUCACACUCAACCAUGGCAACGGAAUGCUGCUCUCUUUCUUCGGAGGACCUGUCCUUCGAAGAUUUGGGUACAGGAAGGUCGCAGCCGCAGGAGCCAUAUUCAUCAGUGUGGGCCUCUUGAUGACCUCAGCCGCGUCGAACUUCUGGGUCUUCAUAUUAUCUUACAGUAUUAUCAAUUCAAUGGGAGUAGCUGCAGUGAUGGCAGCGUUUGCUUUAGCAAUCAAUUCAUUCUUUAAAGAGAAGAGAGGGAGAGCUAUUGGAGUGGCUAUGUCCCUAACAGGAUUGGGAGCAAUCUACAUGCCCCUACUCAUGAGCGCAUUAAUGUACGCCUUCGGCUGGAGGUAUGCUGUCCUAAUCCUCGCUGCCAUCUGCCUCCACUCACUCGUAGGCGCUUGCCUGCUGAGACCAGCUAAAUGGUACUUUAAGGACCCUCCACUCACCGAAGAAGAAAUUCCCUUAAAUAGGGAACCGAGUACUGAGCUUGUAAAUGGAAGCGUUACAACUUCAUCUAAACAAACUGGUAUUCAAUCUCUACCGAAAUUAGAAGAAUCUUUAGAAAAUGGCGUUAUACCACAUCCAAAAAGUUUGUCAAUGAGAUCUCUAACCAGUAAUAAUAGUUUGGAGACAAGAAACGCAGUAUCGCACCCAGACAUACGUAAAACAUCGACUGAGCCUCCGCUACGAGAAGCUCAGUAUAAAUGGUGGGAAUCUCAAGAAAUCAAUCUGGGUAGUUCCUUCAAUAUAUUUCUUGAAUCUGAAGCAAAGAAAACCACAAAGCCUAAAGAAGUCGCCAUAACAGAAAAGGAGCCUGAAAAAACGUUUAUGCAGAAUUUCAUAGACUUUUUUGAUCUGACUUUACUAAGUGAUCCAAUAUUUGUGAACAUUUUGAUCGGAAUGUCUGUAGCUGCUUGUGUUGAAACGAACUUUUCGUUGUUGUUCCCUAUAAUUUUAAAGGACAUGUUGAAGUUUGAAACUAGUGAAAUAGGACAAAUAAUGGCAGUGAUAGGAUUUUCGGACACGUUGUUCCGGUUGGUGUCUCCUUUCAUUGGCGAAUGGUGCCAUAAGCCACCGAGAGUCAUGUACAUGAUUGGCCUAGUAUUGAUUGUCUUCACUAGAACAAUGAUGCUGUUCACCACAACCUACCUGGGCAUGAUAUUCGUUGCUCUGGCGAUCGGCAUCACCAAAGGCCUGCGGACGGUGUACAUGAACAUCGUGAUCCCAAGCUACGUGCCCAUAGAGCGACUGGCUUUCGCCUCGGGCAUCCAAAUGUUCCUUAACGGCAUCACCAUCAUUGGUCUAGGAUCUGUUUUGGGAAGAAUACGUGAAACUUCAGGGUCCUAUGAAGUGCCAAUUUUAGUAUUAAAUGCAGUCACCCUAUUUACAGUAUUUAUAUGGUGUGCUGAGUUUUUGUACAUCAGAGUAAAGAACAAAACAACUACAAAAGAACAAAACAUCUAGCUGGGCUAGAAGAACUGCCUUUUAAAUGUAAAUUGAUAGGUAGGUGUAAGAUAUUCAAUAAUACUUAAUAAGUAGGCUACUGUAUAAAAUAAUUUAAUUUUACUAUUUU